AUGGCGUCCUCCUCCUCCGCCCCCUCCUCCUACUUUGCGGUCCGCUGCGGUGGAAACAAGCCCCUCUUGCGUCCUCGGUCUUGUUGCUCGGCGGCGAGUAGAAGACCGGUGUGCGCUAAUGGGGCCGCCGCCGCCUUCGCGUCCGUGGAGCUCCCUGCCGCCAUGAGAGCUGUGAAUCUCACCGGCGGCGGCUUCUUCUCCGGGGAACAACGUUCCGGCCGCAGACUCGUCGACGAUGCCGACCACCCGGCGAGGGGGAUCGAAAGGCAGCUGUUGGCCGGCGGCGGCGCGGCUGCAAGGGGCGAUCCCGUGCCGGCCGAGAAGCUGGACGAGUGGGUGCAUGAGUCUGUCCUCGAGGUAGGUGCCCCCGCCUUGAUCUCCAAACCUUUUGUCGCGCCGAACGAUAUGUCUCCACCGGUAGAAUCUGCUCCGUUCCUUUUGACAAGGAUGAUGCGUUCUGAAAACCUCUAAUAUGCAGAUCGUGAGGAACAUCGGGGAGGCCCCAUUCCUGGUCCACGUCUUCGCCAACAGCGGGGGAUCUUCCGCGCUGCGGCUCCAGAGGGACGCGGCGGACGCGCAGAGCUGGCCCCGGAUCCAGAAGAGGUGGAACACCGGGGCGGCGUCUCCUCCCGACGGCGUGAUCCUCGUGGAGGAGCUGAAGAGCGAGGAGGAGGAGGAGCCCGCCGUCUCCUCCGACGAGGGCGGCACCGCCGGCUCCUCUUCUUCCUCGAAGACGUGGGGCCUGCUCGUGCAGGGGCGGGGCGUCGACUGCGCCGCCUGCUACAUCCUCAACACCUGCCGCGUCCCCUCCCCGUCAGGAUUCUGCACGCACUUCUGCCUGGCGAGGGCCAAGUGCUUCGGGGAGACGGCCGCCGCCCAGCUCAGGAACUCCUGGCUGCUCGGCGCUAACCGCCUCCAGCCGCAGUGA